UAAAUGUUUAUUAGAGCGUAUGAAUGCGCAUUGACAUAAACAUAGACAUGAUCUGUUUAACUGGAAAUAAACUCUCUCGGUGCUGGAUAAUUAUGUAUAUUUGAUUAAGUUAAUAUGUUAUAACUUUAGUUAAAUAUGUCCACAAUACCUUAAUGGUUACGGAUUAAGAAAAAAUAAGCUAUCAUCAUGUUCUAUUCUAUGAGAAAUCAGGUUUUAUACAUAGCUCUUUUCUUCUUAGUAAUUAGUGGCGGAAGAUUUAUUUAUUGCUGGAAACAGGAAGGGUCGAGAUUACUGCCUGACAUGGUCGUUGCCAGCAGCAUUGUGGUCGCAAUGAUUCUGAUAGACAUUUAUAGACUGAAACCAGCACCAUCUCACACAUUUAAAAGUUUAAUAUUGCAGUACAUUUACUUAAGAGCCACAAUGGUGUUUGGGUAUGUACUGAAAACACGUUUUGAUAAGAUGUGUAACAAGUGUAAAGAGCAACAAGAAAACAUUCUUAAAGAAAUCUUAGCACAAAAUAAGGAUACACUUUUCGCGAGGGAUCACGGUCUAGAAAAUGUUAACUCUGUCAAAACAUUUAGAGAAACCAUGCCGCUUACAUCAUACGGUAAUUACCGGAAGUAUGCUGAAAUGAUAAAAGAGGAAGGUACAGAAAAUAUACUGUUUCCCGGAAAAGCUUACUAUCUGGCCCUUACUUCCGGUACAACUUCCGGUAAAAGCAAGGUGUUUCCAAAAAACCCUAAAACGCGGAAUAAGGCAAUGACAUGGCUUAUAACAUUGCAAUACAUUCUGACGUAUGCUACAGAAAAUAACUUUUUAACAAAAUGGUUGUAUGUAAAACUUUUACCAACACUAAUUGCCACCAAAUCCGGGAUAGAAUCUGGACCUGUUUCAGCUGUUACAAACAAAAUCAACGUUCCAUUUUUUGCUGUCCCAAAUCUAUCCAUACACACGGAAUACGAGGCCCUUUACAUUCAUUUAGCAUUUAGUCUUGCAGAAGAUGAUGUGUCCUGUUUUUCAACCAUGGUUUCAACAACAGCAUUAUCUUUACUCACAAUACUGGAGAAGGAUUGGAGUUUGCUUUGCAAUGACAUUGAAAAUGGAAGACUCUCAGAAAGUUUGGACAUUCCUGCUGUUGAAAGAAAUCGAUUAAAUAAUCUGAUGAAAGCUGAUCCAAGACGCGGAGCAUUUUUAAGGAAAGAAUUUGCUAAGGGAUUUAAGAGUGUUGUGUCUAGAAUAUGGCCGCAAUGUCCGUGUCUUCUGGCAAUUAAGACAGGAGUGUUUGAAACACCGGCAAAUAUAGUAAGGGAGAAAUACUUGGGCGAUCUACCCAUUGUCACUUUACUUCAUGUUGGAACUGAAACCAUGUAUGGUAUGAACAUUGAUCCUAUGGCACAACCAGAUGUCAACUACGUGGCCUUACUACCAAUAAACUUCUUUGAGUUUCUUCCAGUUGAAGAAUUUGAAGAAAAAUCACCAUCCACAUUACUCGCGCAUCAGGUGGAAGUCGGACGAAUGUACGAGAUUGUGAUUACGACAUUUGAUGGGUUGUAUCGGUAUAGAACGGAAGAUGUCGUCAAGAUAACCGGCUUCUGUGGUACAACGCCAGUAUACCAAUUCAUGUACAGAGCUGGCGAUAUUCUAACAGCAAAUAUGGAAAAAGUACCUGAAUUUCUCCUUCACGAUGCAGUUUAUGCCGCCGCUGCUACAUGGAAGGAGACCAUUGUAGAUUUUACCAGCUGUGAAAGCGUGCAUGUGCAUCUAGCUGGAGCGCCCGAUACCAGCUCAAGAUAUGUGGUGUUCAUUGAAUUGAGAGAUGCAAAAACAUUAGAUGAACACGAGGUAAAUAUGGUUGAUAAGAAACUGUGUGAAAGUCAUACUGAUUACAUGGAAAUGCGCAAAGACAACACACUUCAGCCAGUUCAAAUGAUUCAGAUGAAAACAGGCGCAUUCGACAAAAUAAAGGAAAUGAUGUUAGCAUCAAACCCAGAUGCAUUUUGCAUGCAGUACAAAUUACCAAGAAUCAUGAGAAGGAAAGACAUUUUGAAAGCUAUGUUAGAUAUGAAAAUAUAAAGGACGAUAUGAUAAAUUGAACUGUUAUAACUGACAGGUUCAAAUUUUGUUGAGUUGUUAUUGGCCUCAAUGUGUAUUAAGGUAGUGGAUCCGUAAUGGCAAUUGGAAAUUUCCGUGCAAUUCCGUAUUCUUGCUUGGCGCAUCGGCAUUCUUCGGAAUACCUGCCUUUCUAUUGAUACUGAAGGAUGCCGAACUCGCAUCUACAUAGAAUACCUAACCGAACGGAAGUUUCCGAUUGUGUGCACCACCUAAGGUUUGAGUGCAAAUUAUUAUUAAAGUUACUAGACUAACAAGUUAUAAAUUUGUUGUUCAUCCAUGCGUAAUGUUGAAACGUUUUUAAACUGUUUUGUAUCAGGACGCCUCUCAUAUGCUAAUUGAAAAGCGUAUUUCUUCACACUCAAUGAAUUCAAAACAUUCAGAAGUGGUUGUUGUCCUCUAUGACAGAUAUUUAGGACAUUAAACUUACUGAACUGGUAAGUGUGACCUAUAUUAUUUGACAUAUCUAUCUCGUCAGGUCAUAUGUAUUGAAAAGACGGGGAUAUAUGUCAUUAUGAUACAAAUAUGAUACAACAUUCAACGCACAUUUAUAUGUAAAUAGAGGCCAGUGACCUUAAAGGCACAUAGGACAUCAUUCUAUGCAUAGCGUUUUCACUGUUAUUGUUCUCUCGCAAUGACAAAGAAGGGUUCAGCCGACUGUAUCUAGAUUGAAUGUCCGCUGAAAACCCCAGAGUAACAAAGUUAAAACGAAUCAUUUAUAAUGUGUUUAAUUUUGUGUCCAAAUUGUAAAGCAUUAUUAUAAUAUUGAGCUGCACGAUGAGAAAACCAACAUAGUGCAUUUGCGAAAAGCAUGGAUCCAGACCAGCCUGCGCACUCGCGCUGUCUGGUCAGGAAGCAGAUUGUUGGCUUUCAAACUCUACUGCAACUAGUGAAACCGUUAGCGAACAGUAUGGAUCCUGACCGGACUGUGCGGAUGCGCAGUCUGGUCUGAAUCCAUGCUGUACGCAAAUGCACUGUGUUCAUAAUGUUGGUUUUCUCAUGGUGCGGCUCAUAUGUACGCAUAUUCUACAUGUUAUGACUCUAGUAGCCUUGUAAAUUGAAGAUUUUGGAAUUCGUUUUGUAUUCGCAGCGUAUUUUACAGUACCACGUUUGUAACUCUAUGAAUUUAUAUAUAGGAAAUCCGGUAGAUGAUAUCAUUUUAAACUUUAAAAACUCGUCUUUGUACUAUAAGAUUCUUUCACUGGUUGUAGGUGCAGAUGGGAAUAUCCGGCCUCGAGGGUAACUGUUUAGGCGAUAACGGGGCUCCCUGUCGAGUUACCGCCUAAACAGUUACCCGAGAGCCGGAUAUUUCUAUCUGCACCUAUAACAAGUGACAGAAUCUUUUUCUUGCAUACCGAUUUCCAGAAGUAAUAAUAAAAAUAAAAUCAA